AUUUUUCGAAAUCAAGAUUCUUCCUUUUAGAAAAACUAUUGAAGCAUGCUUGUGCAUUCUCCAUUACUUCAUUGUAGACCAAGAGAGGUGGGAGGGUGUCAUAUGGCACCCCAAGCAUGGCAGAGAAGCCUAGAGCAGCAAAGACUCAACUUGAAACAUCAAUAUUCAAGCAAUUUUGAACUAGUCCCUGGGGGAUUUAUACUGAAGAGGAGAACUGAUGCUGCCACUGAUAAGAAAGGUGUUGAGAAAGGGAAGGUCACCGAGGUGAUCAGCUUUGACUCCAACAAAGACCGUAGUGAAAGAUCAAGUGCUGGCGAUGCCUCAUCUAAAAGCAACACUAUAAAGAAGCCUGUUCCCGAUAAAGGCAAGGUGGUUACUGACAAGCCGUUUAGGAGCUCAGAGAAGAGAAUUGCUGAUACAACUAAGGCGGAGCACAAUGACCAGCCAUCUCCAACUUCUAUCAAGUUAAGUGAGGUCAGUGAUCGACCGCCUCUAGCUCUUGUCAAGUCGAGUGAGGCCGGUGAUCGACUCCCUCUAACUCCCGUCAAGUCGAGUAAGGCUGGUAACUUUGUCGUGAGGCUACUCAAGAAUUUGGAAGAUAUGAAUGAGGAUAGAGAUGUGUCAUUGGCUCGAUUCGGCUUGGUGCCUAUGGGUGAUUCACGAGCUAUGGGUAGGUUCGCAGUGCUUGCGAUGUUGGAAGCAUGGGCACACCAUUUGCUAGACAUCUUUCCAUACCUGAUGACGUGCAGCAAAGCCAAGAAAGUGGUGAUUGAGAAGCAGGUGAUGCAUAUCAAGGAGAUGGAGAAAUCUCUGGCUAAGACGAAAGAGCUCGUCGCCAAGCUAGAAGAAGGCCUGGUGUCAGCCAAGGCAUACCUAGGAUUGCUCAACCAAGACAAAGAAUAUUUGAAUUUCAAUGGUAUAGCCAAGCUUCACCAAUCUUGUAUUGAGGCUGCUAAGGCCUUCGGAGAUGAGCCCUACCUUUUUCUUCCAUGACUGGUUGUGUUUGUCCCAGGUUCUUUUUUAUUCUUUUUCCUUUGCAUUGUGUUGACUAUGGGCGGUGCUGCCACGAUGUAACCCUUUAGUUGUAUUUGCUCUGGGUUGAACAUCUUUGUUUCUAGCGAAGUCUGAACCUUGCUUGUUUGUUUAUUUUCUUGCUUGUAUCUUUCCAUUGUUCUGUAUAUGAACAGAUGAGUUUACAUCAUAGAAAUGGGUCAAGGAGGUUAUUCCAUACGCAUUAUCUUCCUUCUCUUUUCUUUUUCUUUUUCUUUUCUUUUUUUUUUUUGAAAACACUCCCUAUUCUUUUACAAUGAUAGAGCAGAAUACAAGCGAACUAAUUCG